AGAGGUUCUGAGAAACACUGGUUAUUAGCUUUGCUAGCUUUGCAAGCAUAACUAAAAGUGAUGCAAGUGAAAUACACAAGCAGGCUGGCUGGCUACUCUUGUGUACUGCGAUUGCAGCCAGUGCUGUCAAGCUACACUUGGUAUUUGGACAUGCAUGUGAAGUGAGCAUGUUGACUGUGCAGCUGCUUCCUGUGUAAACAGCAGCACAUGACUCAUGCAUGCUCACAUUCUGCGCUGUGUGAUUUCCACCGACAGCUAACUGCCACUGGGUGGAGCAAAGAGCCAGAAAAAUGCACUCAUUUAGUAGAAUCCAAAUAUUUUGAAAUGCAUGAUUUUUUUCCCCCGCAUAGUUUAUGAUGAGAAAAGUACUUUUGUUCAUCUGCGUUCAGUGUGAGCUGCUAAAAUGUUCAUUCUACGUAGAUAAGGUGAGCGCUGGCUGAAGUGACUAGUCAGUGGAAGUCCCCAUCACGUUGAUUUCCUGAAGGUGACUUGAUUUUUGAUUUCCGCAACCGGAACCCCAAGACCAAUGGUGGAAACUGAGCUACUAUGUCCACAAACCUGGCCAAUACAGACACACACACACACACACACACACACCCUAAUUUGCCACAUUGCACUUUCAUAAUAAUGUCAUGGUCGAAAGAUGACAUUUGUCAUGGUUCAUCAGUCAUCCAAAGAUGCAAUGUCAUAUUCUAUAUUGCUACCAUUAGCACUUGGCUUAGAAUGCUAAAAUGAAGUGUCUGACAAAUGUCUCAGUGUUCCUGUGGUGAUUCAUGAAAUCAUGGAGUGAUCGUUUAUCCUUCAAAUCAAGCUCAUGUGCUCGGAUGCAGCCGUUGCCAUGUGGAUCUUGUUGCUGCCGCCGCCGCCGCCCGCUGCCUGUACUAACUACCUAACUACCGCCGCCUCACAGUGAUGCAUGUUGCAUUAAUGUUGAGGUGAAGAGUGGGAGGUAGAGGCCAAGCCGAGAGAGAGCGAGAGAGAGAGAGAGAGAGAGAGAGAGAGAGGGGGGGCUAUGCAAGAGGGAUGGAGACAAGUGCAUGAAACUGUUAGAUAGAUUGAUAGAUUGAUGGAUAGCAUCCUGUUACUUCCAUUCUAAUAUGCAUGGUGUUUUCCCCAAUGGUACCCCGCUAUCAGGUCAAUCUAAAUCUGAAAGCAUAUUGGAAAAGAAAACACAGAAGAUAGUACAGUAGAACCGAUAAAUCACAGAUUACUAAUUGAAUGAGAAGUGCAAUAUUAUUAUGAAGGGCGAAAUAUUAAAAAAGCAAGAGAAGAGAGGAAAAGUUGCUCUAACCCUGGAGCUGUAAAUGGGAGAGAGAGAAAGAGAGAGAGCGGCCGAGAGAUGUUGAAUUGAGGAGCUGCAUGGAAAGAGGGACAGAGAGAGAGAGAGAGAGAGAGAGGGGCACAGGAGGAGGAGGCUUUGCGUUGGUGUGUUGGUUGGCAGAGAGUGUGCUUGUCAAAAAAAAACCUUCCUCUGACAGAAGGCAUGAUUCACAGUAGAGAGAGAGAGAGAGAGCAGGAGAGGAGGAGAAGAAUACAAGCUACUGAAAGAGAAAAGCACCGAUCAAGAUGUGAGACGCAUCAAUAAGAGGCACGGCACGGCACGGCACAGAUGCAAUCCUGAUGGAUGACUCAAGUCAACAAAUAGAGCAAGAAUGAGGAGAAGCUUUGACUGGCUCCACCGUGCUCUGUGCCUGCCUUUCUAACAAUUUGGCGGAUUAAGACGCAACUGGCUACUCUCCGCAUUCUUUCUUCAGAUCGCGUGGAAGAAAAGACUUCACAAUUGACGCUUCAAACUUCCCCCGUGUCUCCCGUCCACCCUUCCCACCGUCGAGCUUCCAACAAAACAUGGGCAAACCACUUAGCCGCCCAGGCUGCUUCAGGAAGAGCUCUUGUUGCCUGGAGAAACAUGCCGUUUUGGAAAGAGAAGUGAGAGGUGGCGACGUGAUGACGGAAGGGGAUACGGCGCGGCUACGUGCCUCAACGCUCCAUCUACGAUACCAUGUGCAUCAAUCAACAAAUUGACAGCCACCCCACCAUCACCACCACCCAGCACCACCAGCAGCAGCAGCAGCAGCAGCAGCAGCAGCACCACGACGUGAUGCCGGAGGCGAAGGGAGCUUCAGCUACUCUGCCAGCGGGCUCCCUAAGGGUUAGCAGAUCCCAAGCCGAAAUGUUUCAGCCUCAGCCUUGCGCUCUAACUCCAAACCCCUCGUUUGUUCGCCGCCUCGACGAACGAGCCAUCUACGAUUCCCUGAAACUGGGAGUUCAGGACACUGACGCCGGCGGUGGCUGUCCUUCGCCCGGACAUUUCAACAAUCCGCUCGGUUUCUCCGGCCGUGUCCACGUUCUCAGCACCGGCGGUGUCGUCGUCAUCGUCCAAAAGGCACCCACCAUCACUAUCACCCCUCAUCCCGCGGACAGUAGCAAAAAGUAGAGAUGGUCGUCACUCCUGGAAAGUUGUCACACCUCAGCAACACCUGGAAUGUUUGGACAUGGCUCCAAAUGACAUGAUGGCCCAAGGAGGGGGAUGUUUGAACCCAGCACACUAUCCUCACCCAGGGGGGGCCGUCGCUGGCGUCCCCUCUUAUCUCCCCCUUCUCUGGCUCACCGCUCUCAUCUGGCUAUCAUAUCGCCAGUCUUCUUCUCACCUGCCAAAGCUCGCCCUAGUCAAUCUCAAAGUCUACGUUGUUCGCCUCCUCACGUGAUACAACCGAGGCACUAUUCGCAAAGCCAGAGCCUGAGGAUGUCGCCGCCCCACGAACUUCGCCGUUCGCCCUACCGAGCCCCGUUGGUCCAACUGUCUGCUCAUGACUUGAGCAGGACCUGAGGGAGCAAGGGGGGUGGGCUGUGGCGAGCGAGAACGGGAGUGGGAAAGGGAGCGGGAGAGGGAGAUGGAGGAGAGGCUGGGCGCAGCGAGAGUGGGAAAGGGAGAGGGAAAGAGGGAGACUGGAGAGAGAGCGAGCAAGAGGAAAGGGAGAGGAAGGGAAACCACUUUUUGGGACCUUUGGCUAUGCUCGACCGCUUCCUCUGCGCUCAGACAGAGACUCUGUCUUUUUAGAACCUGAACAGGUCUUGGACACGACCCCUCUUCUACUUCCCCAGCCUUCGCCUUCACCGAGUGGCGCUCCAAGGAUGGGCACCGGUGCAGUGGGUCGAAAUAGAGCCGGGUUCCAAAGUAGGCUCGGAUAUGGCUUCUAAAAGCGACAGUGUGAGCCCAGGCUUUGUUGAAAGCAAGCCUACUUGUGGCCUAAGGUAGUCUCUGGAGGGUGGGAGCGUGGCUGAGGCGGACAUCAUGACUGGAUACAUGGCCGAAAUAGAGUCGGAAGCUGGAGCAAAUACCGAAUGGAGCCAAAGCGAGUCUGAAGAAUGGCUCUGAGAAAGAAUGGGCUCACAGGUGAAAACCAGAGCAGGAGGGAGGGAUUUGGAAGGGAAAGUGCAAUCUGGAGCACAAGUGGAGCACAAUGUGGCAAAAGCUAUCAACAGAGAGGACAAAGGAGCGUGACGAAACUCGGACGAGGUGUCACUCAACCCGAACCCAUUGCUGAGACCCGACCAUCCACGUCACAUCAUGGAGAUAACGCACAGACUGGAACUGGAUAUGAUUUUCGAAUGAAGGCAGCUAUCGAAACGGGACUGAGAAAGAAAGUCCAAGGCCUGUGGAGAAAGCACCCCGAGACCAAACCAGCAAUGUUGAGCAGUUGAGCUCAGACCCAGCCGCAGUAUUAGAAACUAACUUUGAAAAAGACGUCAUGACCGUGUCUUCGCAUGAACAGCGGGCGCCGCUUGAGGUGGGACCGACUAAGGAUAUAGAGAAGAAAAGUAAGAAUGACGCCAGCAAUCAAGAAAGUAGCCACAGCAACAUCCAUCAUGCCCAGGUCGACAAAGAGCCUGUGGAUAAAAGCCAAAAUGCCGCUCCAGGGCAAACACUUGCGGAUAUGGGCACAGAUAUUAUACCCAGCCAUGUUGGAAAAGGGUCCAAGAGCCACAAGUCCAAAUCCUCAAAGUCCAGUUCCAGGUCCCGACCCGGUACGGCCACAGGGUUGAGACCCGGGGCGCUCAGCCCACGACUCGGGAAAGAUCUCGCAGAUCUGGAAUCCACAGGCCCCGCCGAAGGCAUUGAGUCCACCUGGCCUCGUCGAAUCAUGGUUAGAAAGAGAACUGUUCGGCAAGGUGGAGCCGUCCAUAAUCUUCCCAUCCUUCCGCCGCUUCCGUCAGUUAUCUCGGCCUUAGAAAAGCGCCGGCCACAUUCCCAUCUCCAUUUCCGUCCGGGCCACCACUCGGAGAACCCGCUUUUGACAGAUGUGAGCAUUUUUGCGGGCCGCUGCUCACUAAAAGAGCCCCCCCAUCAAGAACAAGUUCAAGGAGCCAAUUUAGUGGGCAGAGCAUCCCUGAAAGAGCAGAACCUGGAGCACUGGAGGGUCUACAGAGACCUAGAAGAUCCCAGAAGAUGUAUAACCCGGGAGAAACAAGGCCAUCUGACAGAGAAUAGAUAUGUGAACGAGGGAAACGAUCCUAUUGGGGAAAGUGACCAAAGCGCUAAUAGAAUGAAAGAAACACAAGUCAAGGCAAAGACCGCAGUUGCGAAACAAAUGGCGGAAGAAGUCGAACAAGAGCAGAUCAAAAUAAUAAAAUCCCAAGAAAAAGUUCAAGAGAGUGGAAAGAAAGAUGAAAGGCACGAUGAAAUCAUCUGUGACAAGAUGGAAGAGAAAAGUGUCAAAGGUAGGCAGUUGCAAACGUUGGAGGUGGUGGUGGCGGCACCGGCGGCGGUGGCGCCGGCGGCGCCGGUGCCACAUGUCACCAAUGAAGAAGAAGGAUCCUUUGGGGAGGAGCACCAGACCACGGAGAGUUGGGAUUCAGUGCUCCAGAUGGUCAACACUAUAUGGGAUGAUGGCGCAGGAGGUGAUAGCGAUUCUUUCUCGGGUUCCCUUCAACGCUGGCCUCUCCUUCGGCCCCCGCUCGGCUUCGGAGGCUCCCAUCCUCCGUCUUCGGCAGCCUCGGAGCUCAGCUUGUCGGAAUUAGAGAAGCGAGCCAGAGAGCUGGAUUCGGACUUGGAGCACCUGGAUCUGUCUCGGAGCCAUUCGGACGGCCAGGAUUUAUACCGAGCGUCGUCGCCGGAUUCUCAAAAGGAGACGUACCGAACCCAUCCAAGGCCUCAGCGAGAGAAAGGAUCCGUCUUGACGGGAUUGGGAAGCAAGUGUCAGGUCCGUGUGGAAUUCAGUUCCAUGCUAAUCCCGGCUACUGACGCAGAGCAAGACACUGUCGGGUGGUCAUUCAAAUCUCCUGCUGGGACGUCCACAAGCCCCAAUAAAGAGGACAGCUCUCCAGACUCCAACCUAACGCUGGAAUCGGACUCCAGCGGCGUCUUUCUGUCGUUAUCCAAUCAGAGUCAGGAAGGGGCUGGCUCUGACAGCGACCAGCCAAUUAGUGGCUCUGACCUCGGCAGCAGCAAUACAUCACUGGAGAAGGACGGCGAUGAUGGCGCUUUAAAGGAAUGGGGCAGGGAGGAGAGCGCCGAACUCCAAUGGUGCUAUCCCUCGCUGCUCAGCACCACCUCUCGUGAAGACGUCCGAGAAAACGUCUGCGGAGACCAUGAAGUGAGAGGGAAAGAUGGCCAUGAAACAGGAAGAGCAUUUUCCACUUAUGAGUCCACACCGGACCGAUCAGACGCCGUUGAGUGUGAAGCCAUGCGGCCGAGAAGGAAAGUUACCCUCGUGGCAGAGGAGCCCCUUCUUCCGCCAUCUCCCUUGAAACAUCCCAUUGAUCCUUAUCGCAAGGCAAUUCGAAGCUCAGGGCUGGACAGUGGUGACAUUGAUCCCUUUGCCCAAGCAGAUAGCUUUGUUUAUCUUGCGGUGUCAGAAAAAGAUGGCCCCCGCGGAGACAUCUCCAACCUGGUCACGGAUUACUCGGCCGGAGACUUUGAGACAGAGAGCGUGCCCGUGCAACACUUUGAGCGCAGCGGGAAAACGCGUUUGGAGCAGUCCGACGCGGAGCCGGUUGCCAGGGCGCCGCCGGCUCACCUGGCCCCACCCCGUAAAGCAGAAGAAGGAGAUUUCUUAUGUACUGACAGCUUUGUAUACCUGGCUGCUCCAGCUUGCCUCCUCUUAGGCCCCGAAGGAUCAACGUCAUACAGUGGCAGCAGGGAGUCGGAUUCCGAAAGUUCUGGCUCCGAGCCCGUCGACGAGUCCGUAUUGGGUUGCGGUUCGGUGGCCGGCGACAGCGACUGGGACUCGGACUUGUCCGACUCGGGUGCCAGUCGGCCCUCCAGAGCUGCCGGCGGCGCUAAAUCCACCGGGGCGGCCCGACACAAAAGACUGCCGCCGGCGGCGGCGGCGGAACCGCGUUGGGACUCGUUUGGAGAAACGACAGAACCUGAGACGCCAGAAGAGCCCUCGGUCGAACAAGAGCAAAAGGGCAAAGCAAAGAGGCUUCCCGUGGGAUCGGCAGACGACGGCGCCUCGGCCGAGCGCUCGUGUGCCACCAAAAAGGUCACCUGGCAGUUCAAGCCGGCCCAGCGCUCAGUGUGCACCGGAAGUCGGAAAGAGAAGGAAAAGGACAUGGCGUCGUUUUCAUCAUCAUCAGAGGGCAGGGGAAGUGAACUUGGCGGGCACCGGCCUGCCGCUUCUUCGUCAUCGUCUUUAACCUCAUCCCCGUCCUCCUCCUCCUCCUCCUCCUCCUCUUCUGGUUGAACAACGAAGAACUUUCUCAAUCGACGGCUUGAACAAUCAAAGCCUGUUUUUGCUCUGGCUUUUAAUCUCGCAGCUAGCUUUUGCCAUUGCCUUCUUACGUACGUCCUCGCUGCAGAAAGAUGCUAACCACGUGCAUACAGUCGGCUCAUCAAUUUGAAUCAAAACACGCAGCCGGCCGGCCGGCCAGCCAGCCAGCCGGCCGGCCGGCCAGCCAGCCAGCCAGCCAGCCAGCCAGCCAGCCAGCCAGCCAGCCAGGGAAGGUUCAGACUGUCAGAAAGGCAUCAUUUAAAAGAUACACAGUUGGCUAAUUGCACACAAUAUGAUCUUGUUGAAUGUACAAUGCAGACACAAUUACGAGAACAGCAAAGUGUAUCAUGUUGAUGGUGGUUCUUCACUUCGAAAAGGUACAUAUGUGAGAGCUGGAAGCCAAAAAUCUCCAAAUAUUUUCAUUUUUCGCUAACUCGUGGAUGUAUUUACCAACAAACCUUUAAGAAUUGUCAAGCAGUUCAGUUUGUACAGUUGAUUUGAUAAAUAUUGCAGCGUCGUAUUUAACAGCGUGUGUGUGACCAAUAUAUUUUCAACUUUGAGCCUUCAAGUCUAUUUACAAAGUAUGCGAUGAACAUGCGCGGAUGGAAGCAUCCCAUCUUAUUGGAGGCAUUUAUUGACAUUUAUUUUAGACUUGGAAAUGUGAAUGUAUUGAUCAUUGAGCAAUAUGCUUACAAACCCAUGCUAUGUGAAAAACGAGUGAUUGGUGUACUUGACUGUAGUUUAUGAUGCGUUUCAUUUUCUGGCUAUGACUUUUUAGAUAGCAUUCCUUUCAGUAGAGCUAUUAUUCAAAGAGGGGUGGCUGUCAAACUCAUCCCAAGUCAGAUGGCACAGUUUAGUCUUUCUCUAAGAUAUCAAUAAUGAUCAUUCUCUGUUUUUUUUUGCCACUUUUGUUGGUGCAAAUAAUUACAAGUACAUUUGAACGCUGAUGUGUUAUUAUCUUGCUGGAAAUCCUUCGAUUGUUUUUCCAAUUUCAACAAUAUGAUGAAUCUGCUUUAUUUGGUGCCAUUUAAAGAACACAGUGAAUGUAUCUACUGUUUCAUAAAAUAGUUUCUAGUUUUGAAAUCAUUUUGAUUUUGAAGAAAUGUCCACAUCCGUUUUCAAAUGUUGACCACCUGAGUUGACAAUUAACACUCAACGGAAAGCCCUAACCUCCAUAGUCGUUUGCCAAAACGGACGAAUUGCGAGGUUAGGCGGCGCCAUUUGUCCCAGAAACAGACAACCAUUACACGAAGGGACGAAAAAACACUUCUGUUUGUCCUCAGUCCGUCCUUUUUUUUUUUUUUUGUUUUGUUAACUUGUCCCUUGUUAUUGGUCCGCAAUUAACCAAUAUAUGGGAUCACUUUAAAUGGCACAACAAAAUAUCAAUUCAAAAAAGAUCAACGGAAAAAAAAA